CCACAAAUUGAGAGAAAUCUCAAAGAUUAUCUUUUUUCCCCGAAGACAUAUUUUUUCUUGAUCCUUCCAUUCCCUGAAAACCCCGGAAAUGGGUUUCUCUGACGUUGAAAGAGACAUCGCUGAGGGAAGUGGAUUUUCUCAGCCGCAAGAAAAUGCGAGAAAAGCUGAGAAAGUUACGAAUGGUAAGGAUGAGGAAAGAUUCGCUAUCCAAAUAAGCCGCUCUUCUGAUAUCUCCGCUACAGAUUCAAAUUUAAAUUCAAGCGGUGAUCACGGAGACCCCGUCUCUGCGAAUAAUUGCUCUUGUGUUCCAGACUCAGAUUUUUCUCGUACAAUUCUCGAUCCAGAAAAUCAAAUUCCGAUGACGGAAAUCUCCAACGAACGAAGUCUCCAGCAGAUUCUUCAGCCCCACCCGGAGCUGCCGAAACCAGAACCACCGCGUGGAUUCGGCGUUUUCCCGGAGGAAUUCGUUCAGUUGUCGAGGUCUUCGUCGGAGAAUUUCUCCUUUGAGGUCAGAAACUUCUUCCGCCAGAGUGGAAACGCAAUCGCCAAACGGCUCCUGUCCUUACAGGAGAAUCGCCGCGGAGGAGGCGGAGAAGCUGAUUCGAAGGCAUCGGCGGAAUCGGACGUGACUGAGUUCAAAAUCUCAGGAUUAAAGGUCUUCGUCAAGCUAAAAAGCGAAGACGAAAUCAAUGGCCGGAUCACGUUCUUCUCGAGAUCUAACUGCCGAGACAGUGCCGCUGUCAGAUCUUUUUUCCGGCAAAGAGGAAUCAACUUCGUGGAGAUAAACAUCGACGUGUUUCCUGCAAGAGAGAAAGAGCUGAUACAGAGAACAGGGAGUUCACAAGUCCCUCAGAUUUUCUUCAACGAUAAACUCUUCGGCGGUUUGAUCGCUCUGAACUCUCUGAGAAAUAGUGGAGAAUUCGAUCGGAGGAUGAAAUCUAUGCUUUCGGAGAAAUGUUCCGGUGAUUUUCCGGUGCCGCCGGUGUACGGAUUCGACGAUGAAGGCAAGGAAGAAGAGGCAAUGGAUGAGAUGAUUGGAUUUGUCAGGGUUUUGAGGCAGAAAUUGCCGAUUAAGGAUCGCUUGAUGAAGAUGAAGAUCGUGAAGAACUGUUUCUCCGGCGGCGAGGUGGUGGAGAUACUCGUUGAUCAUUUCGACUGCGGGAGGAAGAAGGCCGUAGAAAUCGGAAAGAAGCUGGCGAAGAGGCACUUCAUUCAUCACGUGUUUGGGGGCAACGAUUUCGAAGAUGGGAAAAACCAUAUCUAUAGGUUUCUUGAGCAUGAACCAUAUAUCCCCAAAUGCUACAACUACAGAGGUUGUACGAACGACAGUGAACCGAAGAGUGCAGCGACAGUUUCGAACAAGCUCUACAAGAUCAUGUCUGCAAUCUUGGAGUCCUAUGCAUCAGAAGAUCAUUCUCUUGUCGAUUAUGUAGCAAUCAGCAGAAGCGAAGAAUUCCGCAGGUACCUAAACCUGGUUCAAGAUCUUCAAAGGCUGAACCUUCAUGAACUCUCGACGAACGAGAAGCUGGCGUUUUUCAUGAACUUGUACAACGCAAUGGUCAUCCACGCAUUGAUCAGAAUUGGCUUUCCCGAGGGGGUGAUCGAGAGGAGAUCCUUCUUCUCGGAUUUCCAGUACAUCGUCGGAGGAAACUCUUAUUCCCUUAGCAACAUUCGGAAUGGGAUACUAAGAGGCGGCCGCAGGCCAUCCAUCGCAUUGAUAAGUGCGUUCACGGAUGGGAAUAAGCGCCACGAGCUCGCUCUUCCAAAGGCCAACCCUCUUGUACAUUUUGGACUGUGCGACGGGACUAGAUCAAGUCCAACGGUGAGGUUUUUCGCACCGGAAGGAAUUGAAGCGGAACUAAAACGGGCGGCGAGGGAAUUCUUCCAGAACGGCGGAAUCGAGGUCGAUUUGGACAAGAGAACUGUGUAUCUGUCGCAAAUCAUGAAAUGGUACAGCUCGGAUUUCGGACAAGAGAAGGAAAUGCUGAAGUGGAUAAUAGGUUACAUAGACGCGAAUAAAGCCGGUCUUUUGACGCAUCUUCUAGGCGACGGAGGAUACGUGAACGUCGUUCACCAAGACUUCGACUGGUCUAUCAACACCUGAAAAGCGUUCGAGACUGAAACAAUUCCGCAAACUUCUCGAGUUUUUGGGCAGAUAAACAAAGGAAAAAAAGAUCGGGAUUUAUGUCACCCCGAUUGAAUUUCAUAAUAUAUAUAUAUAGUAUGAGGAUUACUCGAAUCUUGGAACUAGAAAGUGAAUGUUCGUGAGCACCCAUGAAACGUAUGACGAGGAAAUGCGUCUUUGAUCACAACCGUUGCCUUACCUAUUCUCCAACUUCAUAAAAAAGUCGUUAGAUUCAUCGAAAUCUCAUUGGGUGUAACAUUUGGAUCGUGA